AUGGGGGUACCGGGUGUGAUCGUUAAACAUCCCCUUCUCAACGCGGGAGGCUUGGACUUCAUCAUCGAGCCGCGGGAUGUGGUGGUGGAACAAGGAGGUCCCGCGAGGCUGGACUGCGAGGCGAAGAGCGUCUUUGGGACGCCGAAUAUACACUGGCGUACGGACGACGGUCAGCCGAUCACGUUUAUCGGGGACAGUUACCGAUCAAAGCUAGCGAACGGGUCCUUGUACAUAAAUAGCGUGUACGCUGGUAGUGCAGAAUUAACCGGGAGUUAUCAGUGCUUAGCCUCCAUAGACAAUGUCGGAGCGAUUGUUUCUCGGACAGCCACAAUCAAACUAGCAAGCCUUCCCGGCUUCGAAAGAGAACCUCAGGACACCAUGGUUUACGCGGGACAGAUUGCAUAUUUGAGUUGUGCGCUACCCGCUUCCUCGAGUUUGUUAAAGAUACAAUGGUUAAAGGACGAACAUCCUUUAGUGCUCGAUAAAAGUCGAAUGACAAUUUUGCCGUCAGGCGCGUUGGAAAUCGACGAUGUUCAGUAUCACGAUGUAGGAUCGUACAGAUGUAACGCUAGCGGCUACGGCCAAUAUAGACUGAGCAACAAAGCACAAUUAGGAUUAUUAUCUAGUGACAUCGAUGAGGGAUCUAGCGCUCCAGUAUUCAUUGCACAACCCUUGCAACAAAUAGCCACCGAAGGGUCUGACGUGACCCUGGAAUGCGCCGCCAACGGCUAUCCGAAACCGACGAUUCUUUGGCUUAAAGACGGCGUCGCUCUCGAUUUGACGUCACUCGACUCUAGAUAUCGAAAGAUCGCAGCAUCUAGUCUUAUGAUCAUAAAUGUCCGAGAAUCCGAUCACGGUUCGUAUCAAUGCCGCGCGGAAAACGAGGUCGAAUCUCUGGAUGCAGUUGCUGAAUUAAUCGUACAAGUUCCGCCGAGGUUUCUAAAGAAGCCGGAGGAUAAAGUGGCGAGCGAGAGUCAAGAUCUAGAAUUCGAAUGCGAGAUUUAUGGAAAACCGGAACCGAAAAUUACCUGGCUGAAAAAUGGCGAGCGUAUCACGUUGAGCGCGUACUGGCAAAUUGUCAAUGGAUACAAUCUGAGAAUCAAUGGACUGUUACCCAUAGAUGCAGGAAUUUUCCAGUGCAUGGGAAUGAAUCCUGCCGGUAGUGUUCAAGCCUCAGCACGUCUCACAAUUAACCAGCCCAAGAAAGCAAAUCCCCAUAGAACAACAACUCCCAAGACAGUUCCUAAGAAAAAAUUAUUGCUACACCGGCAGUUGUAUAAUAAGACAUGGCAACACCCGAGUACUCUCUUAGGACACACGUUUUCGUCGCACAUGCCGAGUCCUCCACUUUCAAUCAGUCCCUCUGACGAUCCCGCGGAUCUCCUCCCGAGCUCGUUUAAGUAUCCCAACUCCCUUUACGACCCGGAAUCCCGUUUUGUAGAUGACACAGAUACUCUGGAAGCGUUCGACGGGGGUGGCGUACCCUCUCCACCGAGGAAUUUGAGCCUCGUCAUCGUUACCGCGAGAUUCGUCACGCUACGCUGGCAAGAGCCGGAAAACGCGAACAGCGAUACUCUCAAUUAUUUCAUACAUUAUAAACAGGAAGGGGCCAUGAGGGAGAGAGUUGUCAACACGCAGCAGAAACUGGAGGCCAUGAUACGCGGUUUACAGCCCAGUAUGACGUAUCAAUUCCAUGUGGUCGCGCAAAAUUCUCGAGGCACCAGUGCUCCUAGUGAAGUAUUACAAAUUACAACGCUAAUAGAGGCCAAUGUUCCUGGGCCUCCGAUGAAUCUGGAGGGUCAUGCGACAAGCAGCAUGAGUAUUACUUUGUCGUGGGAGGAACCACAAGUUAUUAAUGGACGAAUAUCUAAAUAUAUUAUUACAUUUAUGGAGGGCGACGGUGAAGAGAUAACGCGUGAAACUACUAGUACAACGUAUGAAUUGGUAGAUCUCGUGCCUUAUACGGAAUACAGUAUUAGAGUUCAAGCGGUCAACGAAAAUGGCCCGGGCGCGUUUAGUAAGGAUAUCGUAAUUCGGACUCACAGUGCACAACCGACGCAACCACCGCAUAACGUUACCUUAGAAGCAGCUAGUUCAACGAGUAUUAUCGUAAGAUGGGAACCUCCACUCGAGGGACAGAAUGGGAUAAUCACGGGUUAUAGAAUACGGUACCGCAGAUACCCGCACGAUCCUCGAUCCGGGGAUCGGCGAUCCCCGAUCACGGUGACAACUGAAGGAAAUCAACGUUUGUACGUGCUAAAUGGGCUCGAGAAGCACGUUGUGUACCAAGUCCGCAUAUGUGCCUUCAACGUCAAUGGAACUGGGCCUUGGACGGAAUGGACAAAGAUAGAGACAUACGAGAACGAUUUGGACGAGACGAAAGUACCUAAUGCGCCCAGUAAUCUGAGAGCGAAUGCCAUGGCGGAUUCUAUACUAGUAUCGUGGCAUCCCCCGAAAGAUCAAAGCAUUAAAGUGAGAAAAUAUAAGUUAGGCUGGGGCAAAGGCUACCCCGAUGUUGAGAUACAGGUUCUUGAUGGAAAGCAACGAUCUUACGCUAUUAAGCCUAUAGAACCAACAACGGAGUACGUGAUAUCUUUAAGAGCAACGAAUAAUGUUGGCGAUGGUCAGCCAGCAUACGCGAAUGUAAGAACUCCCGAACGUUUUGUAUCUGAAUCCGCAGUGCCUUUAAUACCACCCGUUGGCCUUAAAGCUAUCGUGCUCUCGGCUUCUACCGUUGUACUGUAUUGGACAGACACGACCUUAUCGAAAAGUCAAUAUAUCACCGAUAGUCGAUACUAUGUGGUGCGUUAUACAUUCUACCAUCACAGCAGUAGCCCAAGAUACAAAUAUUACAAUGCUACCGAUCUCAACUGUAUGAUUCACGACUUGAAACCCAAUACGCAGUAUGAGUUUACAGUUAAGCUGGUCAAGGGUAAACGAAGCUCGCCGUGGAGUAUGGUCGUUCUAAAUCAAACGCAAGAGGCUGCACCUAGCACGGCACCUCGAGAUCUGAUCAUUCAAACCGUCGAGGAUCGUCCGACCUCUGUUCUGCUGCGAUGGCAACCUCCUAAGCAACCCAAUGGACAAAUUACAGGAUAUCUCAUAAUUUAUUCAACUGACAACACGAGAUGGGAUCGCGAUUGGUUGGUCGAAGGUGUCAUUGGCGACAAGGUGGAUGCCAUCGUAAAGAGUCUACAUCCUAACACGAUGUAUUACUUCAAAAUCCAAGCUCGUAACUCCAAGGGAUACGGACCAUUCUCUACGACAGUCUCAUUUAAAACACCACAAAGCAAUGGCAUGGAUGAUGAAUUGCAUGGAGAUGGACGAAGCUUUUCGAAUCUGUUGAUUUACAUCAUAGUAGGUCUCUCGAUCGUCUUUAUCACUGCCAUAUCGGUAGUGGUCGUAGUGUGUUGUAAACGUAAUCCAAGCUCGCCAGAUCGAAAGAAGGGAUAUAUGAAAGAUUCGAAUCAGAAGACGAAUAUCAAGCCGCCGGAUUUGUGGAUUCAUCAUGAUCAAAUGGAGCUGAAAGCGCUUGAGAAAUCGUCGCUAAAUGGUGAAGCCUCCACCAGCGGCGUCACCAGUAAUACAUUACCUAGGUCGAGCAAUCCAGAAUAUAAUCAAGAUAUACAUGGGAAUUCCAGUUCGCUGGAUAAGCGUACUUACGUGCCAAGUUAUAUGGGUAACACUGACGAGAAGUGCUCAACCCUGAGCAGGCAGCACAGUCGUGGAAGCCACAAACCUAAAUUAAUUACACUCCCCGUUGACAGUGCACCUUUGCAUCAGCCUAUAGCUACGGCUACGCCGAUUGUGAAUACCAGCAUGUCGCAGCCGACCAUCCACACCUCGUGCAGCGAUACGUCGUCGGUGAGACAAAACUAUCCGCGAACGGUCGCGCAGUAUAGCUUAAAUCGCGCGCACGUCACGUUGGAACCGACCCCGGAGUCCAGCCCGGAUUCUUGUAACAUGCCUAGCUCGUACGAGCCGUUACAGAGUCAGUUAUCUUAUGGUACGAGCGGGCAAUCGUACAGCGGUAACACUCAAUACACCCCCGGUCAUUAUGGCAAUAGCACUCAACCGAUGAACAGUGCCGUUGGGGUGGAGAGCAAUGGUAGCAAGCGGCUGCAAGGGCAUCCUCUUAAGAGCUUCAGCGUGCCGGCUCCUCCGCCGCAGAGUGCCCCUUCGACACCGGCGCAACAGAAACACGGUGUGUCACAAGUGACAGUGAGGCCAACGAUGUCCGGGAGUCCGUACAAAAAACCUCAAGGUUCGUCGUCGCAAUUAACGAAGAAUCGCUUAGCCUCUGUGUCAAAUCCGGCACAUACUUCGGAGGAAGUUGAACGGUUAAAGCCUUCGUACAGCACCGAAGAAUUGAAUCAGGAAAUGGCCAACUUAGAGGGUCUUAUGAAAGAUCUGAAUGCCAUAACAGCAUCGGAAUUUGAAUGCUAA